AAAUAUGAUGUAAUAUUAUGUUAGUGUGUUUAUUUAUUAAUGAGUGGUUUGCAACCAAGGUUAAAAGGAGCAAACUUUUGAGAAUGCAUGUGCUUAAUUCUUACAGUCUUUGUUUAACGACCCCAUAAUCCCCUUGUAGCAGUGGUGGGUUGCCCCCGGUUCGCAUCGGUUCUAUAGAACCGGUAGUAAAAUCGGCGGGAGGCUCCGCCCACCGACCCCGAUGUCAUCAAAAUGCUUCUGUGCAUACGCAGAAGAGUGGACGCGAGCGAAGUGCGAGCCCCGUUACAAACCGGUAGUAAAGGAUUCCGAGGUGCAUCCUGAAGAUAAAAACCAUGUCCAAAAGAAAAUGUCUGUUUACUGAGAAAACCCGGCGCAAUUAUCCCGAUUUUCGCAAAGGUAGAGACGACUAUGAAGCGGAGUGCUUGGUCUGCAAAGCUGGCACGUUUGUGUCCGUCGCGCACAAAGGUCCCGGGGAUCUGGAGUAUCACAUGUCCUCUGACAAACACAAGAAAGCGCUCAAAGCAUACAAGCGCAACAAAGCAAUAACGCGGGACAAUUGGUGUGCAAAAACGGACUUUUUUGUGGAUCCAGACAGCGAAACGGAAGACGCUGUUGCUGCGAGCGACAGCAGUUUAGCAUUCCGCACCGUCGUGAAUCACAACACGGACAAACCCGUGGAUGAUAAUUCUGACUUGUUGAGAAAGUUAUUUUCGGAGGCAGACCUAGCUCAAAAAUUUUCCAACGUCCAAACCAAAAGAGAAAAUAUUGAACAUUAUGUGCUUGCUCCACACAUAGAUAUGGUUGUCCUGGAGGAACACGGCAUCCCUUUCUGUGGGGUGGCUAUAGAUGACAGCAGUCACAGGGCCCUGAAAAUGGUCCCUGUCCUCAUCCAGUAUUAUGACUACAGGAACGGCGGCUUGAAGACCAAACUCCUGGAACUUCAGGAAAGUCCCACCGAGAUGGACAUUUCGGACUCUCUUGUCAAAGCUCUUAAGAAAACACAGAUUGCUUCAGAAGUGCGUGGCCUUCGCGGGGGACAACUGCAACACCAUGUUUGGUGAACUUCGGCAAGACGAGGAGGCGCGGACUGUGUUGGCCAAGCUGAAGAAAUCCCUCCAGAGAGAGACGUUGAUUGGGGUGUACUGCCCUGCCCACAUUCUGCACAACUGCAUCCACCACGGAGCAGACGCCCUGGAGGUGGACGUUGAGAACAUCAUCCUAAAGAUCUACCAGUACUUCCACAUCUACGCGGUGCGGACGGAGCCCCUGCACGAAUACUGCGAGUUUGUGGAGGUGGAAUACAAGCGGCUGCUCUCCCACAGCAGGACCCGCUGGCUGUCCUUGUUCCCCGGCAUCACGAAGCUGCUCCAGAUGCACUCGGCCCUGAAGUCCUUCUUCUUGGGCCAGAGCAACCCGCCCGCCGUGCUCAAGAGCUUCUUCGAGCACGAGUUCGGCGAGCUCUACCUCUGGCACAUGCACUCGCUGAUGAACGCCUUCCAUUUGCACAUCGAAGAGAUGGAGCGGGAAAAUAACUCCCUGGUGGAGGUGAUGAAGACGCUGGACUCCGUGCACACCAUCCUGCUUGACCGUAGAGCCCAGAACUUCAUGUCGCUGACGGUGAAGGGGAUGCUUGCAGACAAGCGCAAGGAGGGGCUGGAGGCAGGAUGCGACGCCUUCUCCGAUGCCGUGCGCCGCCUCUACAGUAACUGCAUCGACUACCUGGAGAUGUGGAUGGCGUCUCUGCAAGAGUUUUCCUGCUUCGCCUGGAUGGCCCUGAGUGACACACCGAGCUGGAGUGACGUGGAAACGUGUGUAACAUACUUACGUGUAAAGGGUCUGGAAAUUGACAGUAUGAAAUGUUUCAUUCAGUUCAACAACCUGAAACAAUUUGUGGAAGCUUCCAGCAAUGAAGAAGAGUUCCAGCAUCUGCUUUCACAUGAAAAAUGGACCAAAUAUUUUCUGAAUGUCAAAGCCGUUGAAUGCUAUUCAGAACUCUUAAAAAUUGCGCAGUUUUUCUUUGCAGUUCCCUCCCGCAGUCUAAAUACUGAGCGCUUCUCUUAGAGGGAACUCCUGUAGACUAUGGUGCAAAUUUCUACUAUCUCUAAGAAAAUCUUAGAGGCCAAUUGGAAAGAUAUAUGUUCCCUUUUUUGAUUUGAUCUAACGAGAAAUACACAUGUGUCUAAUGAGAAAAAACAGAAAAAGAUUGGGGUGGGUUUUUUUAUUUUUAGUUUACAGUAUUUGGGAAUUUGGAUAAUGCUUUAUCAUGUGACAUAUUUAAAAAAAAUCCAUUGAUGUAUAUUUUUGUUUAACCUGUCCCUGCUGUGGUGUUUUGGGCUCCACACCAAGUUUCUGUUAGCCGCUAUGGAGUCCCUUUGUAUUUUUUGCUAUACAGGCAGAAUAAAAAGGUUUGAAUGAA